ACUUUUGUUCCUCAUUGUUCCUUGGAUCCCUCCUUACAUAUUUUCAUCGUUCCUUCAUUCAUUCUUACUUUCUUCAUCUGCACAUCCUUCCCAAACUAGUGAACUAUAAUAUCUUACACUGAACAUAAACACAGAUGCACGUAAAUGUUUGGAAACAUUUUAGAUGAAAAAUGUUAAGAAACCAAUUUGUGAUCCAAAUGGCAUCAUGGAAUCUGGAAAAAAAACCUAAUUUCAAUGCAUUUUUUCUAAUAAAAGAGAAAAACGUGUUGAGAGUGCUGCUUUUGCAUUAAUUGUAAUGAUGUUCCCUGCUGUCUGGAUUGAGGUCAAAGAAAAUACAGCUAAGCCAAAGCACUUUUGCCAGUAUUAAAGUAUUAACAGAGAGCAGAAAGGAAAAAACAGCCUCUGAAAUUAAACCGCUCUCUUUUCGUUUUAAAGGAGUCUUGGAUUUCUUUUAAUGAUAUAAGUGGUGUAUGAUUAUUUAAGCUUAAAUAAAGUUGUUUUUUACCUGAAGAAAACGGCUGCAGGUCGCCUAUAAUCCCAAAACCAAUGUUCUUUGUUGUUGUUUGGUGGAAUCCUGUCAUCUGAUUGGUUGGAGGCAGAUUAGUUUGAGGGUCUACUGUAUAGCUGCGUGCCAUAUGAGGAGUGAGUGAGCGAGGGAGGAAAGGAGGAGGAAAUACUUUCUCUUCACUCUUUUCUCACUUUGUCACUUUGGGAUGGACUUCCAGCUGAGAUGAACUGUGAGCAGCCAGCUGGUGGCUGAGGCUUAGAGAGUGGCUGGCAUCACAAAGACGCACAUUUUCAGUCUGGCUCCGUGAACCUGCACAUUUGUUUUUCUUUCUUUUUUUUUUUUGCUCUGUUUUGUUGUUAUAUUGUGGGGAAAGAAAUAUGCCUGGGUGAGAAUCCUGACCCGUUCAUGUGCAGUAGCUCAGCUUUCGUCAGGGCGGAGCUAGCCAUGGAAACCCCGGCGUGGCUGGAAUGUUUUACUCGCUCGAGGCGAAAACACGGGCGGCCACGCCUUUCUCGCCUCUUGACACCUUUCCGGCAAGUCCGCUGUUACCCCGAGAAAGCGCCGCCUCAAAGGCAAUUCCCUCGCAUCAACGGUCACUCUAAAUCCGAGCGCACCGCCAGGGACUCGGCCAUGGGUUACGACAGCGCCUCGGUAAUGAGCAGCGAGCUGGAUUCCAGCUCAUUUGUUGACAGCGAGGAGGAUGAGGAUGCCAGCAGGCUCAGCAGCUCCACAGAACAAAGUUCUUCUUCGCAGCUCAUGCGCAGACACAAGCGGCGCAGACGGAGACACAAAAUGGCCAAGAUAGACCGGUCUUCAUCUUUCAGCAGUAUCACAGACUCCACCAUGAGCCUCAACAUCAUCACCGUCACACUCAACAUGGAGAAAUACAACUUCCUGGGCAUCAGUAUUGUAGGCCAGAGUAACGACCGGGGAGAUGGCGGCAUUUACAUCGGCUCCAUCAUGAAGGGAGGAGCCGUGGCUGCUGACGGCAGAAUAGAACCAGGAGACAUGCUCCUGCAGGUAAAUGAUGUGAAUUUUGAGAACAUGAGCAACGAUGACGCUGUGAGGAUCCUGAGAGAAAUCGUUUCUAAGACUGGCCCUAUUAGUCUCACUGUUGCCAAAUGUUGGGAUCCGUCUCCGCGAAGUUACUUCACCAUCCCUCGUGCGGAGCCAGUGAGACCCAUCGACCCUGCAGCCUGGAUUUCUCACACCACAGCGCUGACGGGACCUUUUCCACAUUACGAAUUUGAUGACCUGCCCCUGUCUGUUGGUAAAACAGACAUGGCAACCAUUGUGAAGGUGAUGCAGCUGCCUGACUCUGGCCUGGAGAUACGCGACAGGAUGUGGCUGAAGAUCACCAUCGCCAAUGCCGUCAUAGGUGCUGAUGUGGUGGACUGGCUUUACUCCAGAGUGGAGGGCUUCAAGGACCGGCGAGAUGCAAGGAAGUACGCGAGCAGUCUGCUGAAACAUGGCUACCUGAGACACACCGUCAACAAAAUCACCUUCUCCGAACAGUGCUACUACACAUUUGGGGACCUCUGCCAAAACAUGGCGUCACUCAAUCUGAAUGAGGGAUCCAGUGGCGGAGGCUCUGAGCAGGACACGUUGGCGCCGCUACCUCCCACCACCAACCCCUGGCCUCUUGGCGGGCAGCCGUUCCCCUACCCUCCGUUUACGUCGGCGCCCCCCUGCUUCCCGCCGGGAUACUCCGACCCGUGCCACAGUUUCCACAGCGGGAGCGCCGGCAGCCAGCACAGUGAGGGAAGUCGAAGCAGCGGAUCGAACCCCAGCGCAGGCAAAGACAGACGCUCCCCGCAGGAGAAGGCUCAGAGGACGACGUGCUGCGAGUCGGAGUCGGGCGUCCGCGGAGCGAGGCGGGGCGACCGCUCCGCCAGCCAGAUGAGCCACCACAGCCACGCCAGGUCGAGCCUGAGUCACAGCCACUCGCACAGGAGCCACUCGCUGUCCCAGAGCAACCACCCCUCCUUCGGCUACAGCCACACCCCCUUCACGCAGGCGGGGCCGGGCUCCUGCGCGCAGAGCGAGCGGAGCCACGCCUCCUCCUACGGACCUCCUGGCUUGCCUCCCCCUUACUGUCUAGCUCGCCUCGCCCCCAAACCCUCGGUGAGCAGCAGCACGCCCCCCGGAGCGCCACCGGGGAGAGAGCUGGCGUCCGUUCCCCCGGAGCUCACCGCCAGCCGCCAGUCGUUCCAGCACGCCAUGGGCAACCCCUGUGAGUUUUUUGUGGACAUCAUGUGACAGGACAGUGCCUUCAAAAACAAAACAAAAACACAGUGAGCACAAAACAAUCCUCCCUGAACUCACUUGCGUGCUUUUCUUUUUUCUCCUCAAUCGUUUGAGCGCCCUUAAAGCUUCUGUAUGUAACUUUUAUAAAAAAAAAAAGUUUUUUCUUUUUAUUAUUUCUUAAAACUGUCAUGACAGUAUAGUAUGAGAGACAAAAUAUGAAAUAUUCAACUUCCUCUACCCCUUCCCUGCAGAAAUACACAGUUUGGUCAGAAACAACCAAUCACAGGCAGGAGGAGGGUCUUAUCGCUGCCAAUCAUGCUCAUGUACCUACUUCUCACACUGUCCUCCUUACUCUCUACUAUGCUACAUCUUCUUCCAGGUAGCAGAACCGGUCAUGAGUAUUUAGUUUAAUUAGCAAAAUCAAUAUACAGAUGAAAAAAUUAAAUGUACCAACAAAUCUGCCCAGGUUUCCUUUAUUUUAUAUAUCUCAUCUACCUCGACAAACGUCUGAAAAUGAACCGCUGAGACUUGACUGACAGACCCACCAGCUCAUGUCUGCACUUUUGCAGAUACAAAUAGUGACUCUACUGUUACCAACUCACUGGAUUUCUUGCUACAUUUAUCAACAUUUCAGACCAACAGUAGAAUCAGCAGGUCAGGCUUUUUAAAGAUCAUAACCAGAAAACUGUAAUCGGCGCAGGAAGAGGCAAAAUUCCUGUGGGAUUAUAUAAAGUCUCCACCUAAAUAUUAUAGAGAAAAUAUAAUCCAAGAAUGCAAUGCCUCAUCAGUCGAUCAUUAAUUUAUUAAAUACAAUCAUAUUGAAAAAAUAAAAAACAUCUGCAAAGCAUUAAUGAAAAUUAAAAAAAAUAUGUAAUAAUGAAAAAAGUUACACAAUUCAGUACAGUUUUAAAUAACGUUUAAACUCUUAAAGGUCUUUUACAGAAUGCUAAGGCUAGUUAGCAUGACCACCAAUGAUAAUGGAUAAACAGUUUUCCUUUAACAAUAAGUUUGUUUGAGCAGCACAUGGCCAAGCUUGAUUGACAGCACUAAGACCCUCCUCCUAGCUCUGAUUGGUUGUUUUUGGCAUUUCUUUAGACAGCAAUAGUAACACUAUGAGGAGGUAGAGGUCUCAUAUUAACCUAUCACAACAUGGUGACAGUUUUAGUGAAUGUAUAAAAAACAGAUUUAUUUUUUAAUUAAAGUUACGUACCGCAGCUUUACGUCCAGAAUGUAGAUACCACCCAGGCCCCUCUGUGGCCCCUCUGUGGCCCCUCAGCUUCCCGAUGUCCACAGAAAGGAAUACGGGCUGCGAUAGCACAAAGGAAGGAUUCUUCUCGCUCACAAGCACAGGUGCUCCACCUGAACCCCGCGCCCUUUUUUUUACGGACAUGUACAGUUUGUGAAACGUUUGUGCUGUUUGAUGUGGUGACGUCUUCGAAGCUACCACGCAGAUAUUCUGGGGUAAAACCUCGGACAUCGUCUGUUCAGCGAGACCUUUACCUUGGCUGGAACUGGAUCUCAAUCCCCCAGACCCAGAACCCAAAACUCUGGACUUACGUCUGUUUGUGUCCAAACCUCCACCGUUUCUGGGGCUUCUUCGCCAGCAGCUUACCUGAGCUCCGACUUGCCAACACUAACCGAGAUCUGUGGACCCAACAACCGGCUGCCAGUUUGACCAAGGCUGCGUCGUGCAUGUCUGAACUGCUUUAAAGAAAUUUUAUGAAUUAAUUUUGUUUGAAGUAUUAGCUAAACUGGAGGGGAGGAGGUUCCCUCUUGUUCUAAAGGAUAAAUCCGUACACUGGAAGAUUUUGUGAUUUAUUUAUGUGGUCAUGUUGCGUUGAUGAUGUUCUCACAGUUUGUCUCCUCUAAGCCUCCUGACAGACAAUCAGACAUCACCCUUUGUGAAUCAGAGGCUACUUUCUGCUCUCAGCCAUUUUCUGUCAAACGUGCAGUAGGUGUCAAAAGUCUACACACCCCUGUAACUGCAAAAGGUUCUAAAUAAACCAGUUUUAGAACCUUUCCCACUUUUAAUGUAAACAUAUUUUCUCCAUUAUUCAACUGGAAAACAAGUAAUUCUGUCAGAAGGUGAAAUAUACAAAAGAUAAAUGCGGCACUUACCUGGUUGCAUAAGUUUCCACAACAUUAAAUGAAUGAACUUGAUUCAGUCUUCUUGAGUUCAUAUCAGACAUGAAUUAUAGAGAAUUUCAUGAACGUCAAAUCAAUUUCAGCUGUGCCAGAAGGAUUUUCCUCACAUUUGCAUUAUUUAGCUAAAGCAGAAGCUUAAGCAGAGAAUAACAAAAGAUCUUAACAAUGUCAAGUACUUUUUCAGAAGAAAAAUAAUUAUAUUUACAUUAACAUAAAUCAGUAGUUAGAGAAAAUAUAUAACACUCAAACUGGAUUUUUUUUUUUAACAUAAGAGUUUCAUGCGGUCUAGCAACAAGUUGAAUUAAAUCUCCAAAAAUCCUGUGGAACUAAUGACUUAUGAUUGGAUGAAACCAAAUUACAAUGAAAAACACAACAUUCCCCAAACAGGAAAUUGUAAAAAAAAAAAAAACCAACAAACAUUAAGGUGGAAAAAGCUCUGAAAUAAUUGA